AUGAUCACGGAUGCUGGGUUCUCGUUUCUGCACUUACGGUUACUGAAAGUUUUUGGUAAGAGGCGGGCUUUGACGUAUGAAUAUUGCCUGGCCUCAGAUAAUGUAAUGAAACAUGACUUUGAACGUUCCAUCUUGAAGAACACUAACUUGAGAAUACACCCACCUCCGUUCCGCGUCCUCAAUGCUCCCUCAAGCUAUCGUUCCCGUGGUGUGCGGUCGGCUUGCUGA